AUGUUUCAUGUGAACUAUGCACGGUGCCUGGGGGGUGCCCUCAUCCCUCUUGCUGUGUUGGGCACCCUGACAAAUAUUCUAUUAUUUUUUCCUGGAGCUGAGGUAAUGGACAACAAUGUAAACCUUGCUGACGAGGUCUGGUAUUUUGGAGGAAUUUUAGGAUGUGGAGUCUUGAUGAUCUUUCCUGCUGUCUCAUUGCUGAGUCUGAAGAAUAGUGCUGGUUGUGGUGGCCAGGAGGACUGUGGGAAGAAGUUCAUAAUGUUUAACUCUAUAAUAGUUUCUGGAAUUGGCCUCGUAGGAGCCUUAUAUGCAUUUACCAUCUCAGUGGUUGCUAUUAAUAGAGGUCCCAAGUGUUUUGUGGGAAACAAUACAUGGGAAUAUCCCUUUCGUGAUGGGAACUAUCUCAAAGAUAGGGAUUUGUGGAGUAACUGCAAAGAACCUAUUCAUAUUGUGCCCUGGAACUUGACUCUCUUCUUCAUCCAGCUCAUAAUAAGCAGCUUUCAGAUUUUACUCUGUGGCAUACAGCUGGUCAGAAGUGUCUUGGAAAUCAUCUGUGAAGAGUGCCAAUGCCCUGAAACCUGUGGGGGAAAAAGGAUUGCUUAAAGCUGGGAUGAACCCUUUGGAAUACUACCACCUUGGAUAAAGAGCCAUUAUUUUUGGAAGAUGCCUCAUCCCUGACACAUUGCUCAUGAUGAUCUUAGGACAAGGCAGCCUUAACGUGAUCAAGCCCCAGCUCAUUAAAAUUCUACAUUAGAAAUUAGUCUAA